AUGCCGGCCCCGGCGUCGUCCGCGUCCGCGUCGGCGCGCGCGAAGACGUCGGGCGCGCGUGGGGGCGUGGUGAAGCGAAGCGCACCGUCGCCGGGUGGCUUGCUCGCGACGAUCCUCGGUGACGUGAAGCGCUCGAACGCGGCGCGGGCGAAGGCGACGGCGCUGUCGGGAGGGAAGAAGAUCGACAGGGACGAUGUGCUCGAUCGAGAGUCCAGGGCGCACGAGGCGAGGAAGAGGUUUGAGCGCGAGACGCGAGAGCGGUUGGCGCGGGAGGUGGCGGCGAGCGCGAACGCGCGCGCGUUCGCCGAGUUUGAAAAGCUGGAAAAGCAAUGGCGGAACGUCGUGCACGAGAUCGCGGCGGAGAUGAAAUUGUUUUCGGAGAGCGUGGAGAUUGGGGAGGAGGAGGAGAAGCUGGUGAUUGUGUACAAGACGGAUCCGGAGCUCGCGCGCGGCGGAGGUGGCGCGCGAGGAGACGGGGAGAAGAGCGUCGAGAAAGCUGCCACGGGACUGAAGAGGGGGGAGGCAUUGAGCGAUAAGGCGCCGCAGUUCGCGAGCGAUGAUGUGGAGCUCACCGUCGUCGGGACGGUGAAGCGGGACUUGCGUUCGGUGGAGGAGACAAUUUUGGACAUGAAGAAGGCAAAGGAGGCUAGGCCGGAGUAG